AACGAAUCGCUUACAGUACUCUUCCUUCCCACGUUUGUUUAUUUCCGAAAAUUUUUGAUAUAACGUUGCUGAAGAAUUUUCUUGCGUAAUUUUUUUUAUGGCUGUCGCUCCUACCGAGUUAGGUUUUGUUGAAAAACGGGCACCAUGGAAGUUACGUAGUAAAUUUUUUCCAAGUAAAGUCGGUGGCUUUCCAGCCUGGUUAAGGUUAAGUAAUUUGCCGAAUCGCACCGAUCUUCUGUGUCAGGUAUGCAAUCAUCCCCUAACAUUUUUACUUCAAGUCUAUGCUCCAGUUUUCGAGUUAGAAGAAGCUUUCCAUCGGACUAUUUACAUAUUUAUGUGUCGAAAUAGUAGCUGCAAUAAAACAUCGAGCAGAAUCAAUUUUUCUGUGUUUAGAAACCAACUUCCUCGAAAAAAUGAAUUUUAUUCGUUUGAACCUCCCGAGUUUAAUGAGAAAUCGUCUAUGCAACCGUGUGCGGAUCAGUUUCAAAAGAUGUGUGCCAUCUGUGGUUGUUGUGCUAUAUUAAAUUGUCACAAAUGUGCCCAAAUAGAUUAUUGCUGUGAAGAUCAUAAAACUCUGGACUGGGAAUGGAAUCACAUUCACAAUUGUCCAAGUGAAAAGAAAGAAAUUCCAGAAAAGAAAAAGUUAAUAAAUCACUUUCUUUUGUCUGAGUUUGAACUUGUGACUGAGACAGAAGAGUCCUUACCUGAUGUUCCAGAAAAAAGUGAUGAAGAAAAAAUGAAAGAUUAUCAAAAGUUCUUGCAAUCAAGCUCUUCUAAAGAACUACAAGAUAUGCCUGUAGGUGAUUUAGGAUAUGUGGAAGAAAAAAAAGAUAAAGCUUUUAACAAAUUCCAAAAGAGAGUAAAACUUGAACCUGAACAAGUUUUGAGAUAUCAAAAAGGUGGAGUACCACUAUGGGUAUCUUCUGAAAAUGUACCAUCAGAAAACGAUAUUCCGAAUUGUUCUUGUGGAGCCAAGCGUCACUUUGAAUUUCAGGUGAUGCCUCAGUUGUUGAAUUACCUGUCCCUAGAUUCUGUUCAAGAGAGUAUAGAUUGGGGAACUUUGAUCAUUUAUACUUGUUCUGCUUCCUGUUCUGCUGGAGUUGAUACAUAUGUUAAAGAGUUUUUAUGGAAGCAAGAUUUUUCAGAUGUAUCUCUCACAAUGCAACAAUAAAUUUUGUAGAAAUAUU